AUGGGUGUCGCAGACCUACAAUCAGAGAAGUAUGGCGACGGCCAGCAGAUAGUUGACGGUCCUGCUUUCGACCAUGAACUUCCUCCACUUCGAUCGACAACCGAGCGCAAACUGAUGGCAAAAAUCGAUUGGCAUAUCCUCCCAUGUCUCUGCGUCCUUUACCUCUUAGCUUUCCUUGACCGUGUGAAUAUCAGUAACGCUGCUAUUCUCGGUCUUAAAGAUGACCUCGGCAUUGCGACUGGCAACAAGUACAACAUCGCGUUGACAAUCUUCUUCGUUCCAUACAUCAUUUUCGAAAUUCCGUCAAAUAUUCUACUCAAGAAGUUCAAGCCUCAUGUUUGGUUGCCACUAUGCAUGUUUGGGUUUGGACUUGUGAUGGUUUGCCAGGGUCUUGUCCAGAACUGGGGUGGGUUGAUGGCAACCCGUUGGUUCCUUGGUGUUUUCGAGACCGGCAUGUUUCCAGGAUGCUUCUACUUGCUGGGCAUGUGGUAUAAGCGCAGUGAAGCUCAGAAGCGUUUCAGUUUCUUCUUCAGCUCUACCACACUUGCUGGUGCCUUCGGUGGUAUCCUGGCAUAUGGUAUCUCCAAGAUGAGCGGGGAUCGUGGCUACAACGGUUGGCGCUGGGUUUUCAUCAUCGAAGGCUGCAUCACCUGUGUGGCUGCCUUCAUCCUCUUCUUCUGCAUGCCUGAUUUCCCCGAGGAUUCCAAAUGGUUGACUGAUGAGGAGCGCGAGUUCGUUCAAGCGAAGUUGGCAAAAGAUGUUGGAAAGUCUGCUCACCACGUCAACAUUGGCCUCCGCCAGGUGCUUGACGUUUUCAAAGACUACAAGAUCAUAAUUGGAGGUUUUAUGUACUUUGGUCUCAUUGUCCCUGCUUAUGGAUACGCAUACUUCGCACCAUCCAUCAUUAAGAGUUAUGGAUACAGCUCGGCCGUUACCCAGCUGUAUUCCAUUCCACCUUGGGCAGCUGCCUUCGUCUUUUCCAUGAUUAUUGCAUUUUUCUCUGAUCGCCUCAAGCAUCGUUUUGCAUUCACGAUCAUUCCUAUUUGCAUUGCUAUUGCUGGAUUCGCCAUGCUUCUCUGCAUCCACGGAGAGGCUCACAAACAUGCCGAGUACGCGGCUCUUUUCCUGGUUACAUGCGGUUCUUACAGCGCCAUGCCGGUCAUUGUGUGUUGGUUUGCCAUGAAUUUGGGAGGCCAUCACCGCCGGAGCAUCGGUACAGCUUGGCAAGUGGGAUUUGGAAAUAUUGGUGGCAUCAUUGCUACUUUCUCUUUCAUGACUCAGGAUGCACCAUUCUACACCAAGGGGUACAGUAUUUGCAUUGGAUUCUGCUGCCUAUCCAUCAUUUCGUGCGCUGUGUACGUCCUUUCGCUGUGGCAUGAGAACCGCAAGCGCGAUAAUGCUGCCGUGGACCCCAAUACUGUCUCGGAGGAGGAGGAGACAUACCUAGGCGAUCUUGCGCCUACGUAUAGGUACACGUUUUAA